AUGUAUCUGAAGAAACCGGGUUUCAGCCUGUCCAAUACUGGAGCUAGCAAAGGCUACGGAUUUAUAGAGUUUGAGUCCGAUGACGUGGCUAAGAUUGUUGCAGACACCAUGAACAACUACCUGUUUUCUGAAAGACUGCUCAAGUGUCAGUUCAUAUCUCCUGAAAGGGUCCAUGAAAACCUCUUCAAAAACUGUAACAAAAUAUUUCUGAAGCCUUCUCAGCCAGCGGUCAGGCGGUACAAUAAGAUACGUUCGCUCGUUCAGAAGGCAAAGAUGACAAAGCGACUGCUACGAAAGGAGAAACUUCUACGGAAGAGGCUGGCUGAAAAGGGGCUCGAUUAUGACUUCCCAGGAUUUGCUGCACAGGAGCUUUCCAUAAAGAGAAAAAAAGUUAAAAUAUCCAAGAAGUCAAAACUGAACAUUUCUUUGAGCAGCCAGGAUCCUACUCCAGUCUGUACUCCAGCAGUGCUCGAGCGCCGGAAAGCUGCUCAGGUGGAUGAUGACACAGAGGACAAUGAAAUAACUCUCAGACUGCCCCCUGCCAGUGUUAAGAAUGCUGUGCAGAGACCGAAGAAGCAGCCAAGAAAAAGACCAAACCUAAAGAAACAGAAAUAGACUUAAAAUUUUGAUGGCUGUAGCCAUGUUUUUCCUCAACUCAGAAACUGGCGAGGUGGAGCUUCUAGUGGUUCUGCUGCCCUGGCUCGGUUUGUCUUGACUAGUCUGUUUCAGUCUUUCCUAGGCAAGGAAUCUAUCCACAAAUCCUCCCCCUCCUGUUUUAGCCAUCAGGGGACCUACAGUCUUCUCUGCCUUUGCAGAUAAAUUCUUGACUUUGUGCUCACAAGUGCCGUGCUGUGACACGCCUACAGUCGUGCCAGAACCUUCAGUUAAUUCUGUAACUUGUCUCUAGCGCUCACUGUUUUGAAAGAAAAUAUGAGGCUGUCCAUUCAGAACUUGCUGAUGUGGGCUGUAUCUUACAUUUAUAAUUAAUGACGGG